GGUUGGAUGAAACAGUAGAGCCAUUAAAAGGAACUUUAUCAAAUAGAAUUAAGGAAAACGCAGUCAAAUCGGAAAUUGACAAGAAUAAUGAAUUAUGUCGAUCUGCUGUUAGAGCUGCGGUGGUUUUGAACAAGCUUGCCGAACAAGCCGGAAGUACGCCGAAAUUCGACGCUUUCGUAAAAGAUACUAAAAUUGGAUCAUGGAGUGAUCAAUUUAAUAUUUAUCAAAAUGAAUUGGAAAAUAAGGAAUCUGGUUCGGGACACGUCGGUGAUAGCAUGGACCAACC